AUGGAGGUAGAGGGCACUCAGGGAGGGGAGGAGGUCUCGAGGGACCCCUCCGUCGACCUACUUCUAGGUCAAUACGCCUUGAAGUUCCGAGACACAGUCGAGGAUCUUCCUGGCAAUCUCGAGGUAUUGACCACCUCCAUUGCGAAGGCCACAGACUGGGUUCUGCGGGCCGCGCACCACAAUCUGCUCACCAUCGAUGAUGCCUUCGUGGCCCAGAUGACGUCCUUCGUGAACGCUGUCAUGGUCACUGACUUUAGUCGUAUUCGUGGGCCAGGCGAACUCGACAACUUCUCGCUCACCUCUCUCCUCGAGGCUGAGAUGUGUGAGAAGGCCCUCCGUACCUCGGUUCAUGCUGAGGUCUUCGCAUAUCUGAGCACCAAGCCUCGGAUCGAUCGCAACUCGGCGCACUCGACAUUGUGCACCGUCUACUGCAACAUCUGGGACUCCCAGCAGGGAACCCGUGCCAAGAAGGCCCUUGGCCAACCAAUCUUCCUCACCGGGCGGUCCUGCGCAAUCAGGCCUGCUGCAAGACACACUGGGGUCCUGCUCUGCCAGUGCUGCUGGAAGUGGGACCACCCUACCAUUGCCUGCAAGGCGAAGCAGCUUAGCUGCCCUAUCUGCUUGGUGAAGCCCCCUGUGCUGCCCACCCCUCGCAACCAGCCCUGCCCCCACAAGGGCCACUGUGUCAACUGCUACAAGGACCACACCGCCAACUCGGCCUCAUGCAAGUUCUGGGCACAUCGCUACAUCUGUGAGUGGAUCAUGGCCAAGUAUCGUCAGGUACAUGAGCACGCCGCUCGCCACCAACUUACUAACCCCCAAACCUAG